AUGGCACCUAAAAAAGACAAAGGUAAAAAGAAUGAAAACGCUGGAAUAUUUAAUCAGGUAGAAAGAACUUUAUUAGAACAGGAAGUGGCCGAAUGUAAUCGAAAGAUUGCUAGACUUAGAUCUUCUGUAAGUGAAUAUGAGGCAUGCAAUGAAGAAUUACAGAAUGCCCUUGAAAAACUAGAUGAAGAUAGGGCUGAUAUAAUUGCUUUUUUGAAAAAACAGCUUAAUACCAAAAUUGAGGAAUAUAACGAGCUGAAAGAAAAAGUGGAUGGCCUUAUAGAAAUAAGAGAUAGAGAGACUAUACAGUUCCAUGAAACUGUCACAGAACUGCAAAAUAAUUUCACUAGGAUGAAAGAUCAACUUACAUCUGAAAAUAAGUUAUUAGCAGGCAAACUAAAUACUCUUGAGGAAUUUAGGUUUAUUAGAGACGAUCUCAUGCAAAGAUUUAAUGCGCAAGAACAAAAAUUUAUAGAUCAAGAAAUGUGCUACAAAAGAAUUAUCUAUGAAACUGAAAAGAAAUUUGUUAUUGGUAAAGAUAAACUAAAAAAAGAAAUGGAAGCAAGACUAUUGCAGUUAGCUCAAGAUUUCCAAGACGCAACUGAAAUUAGAAUUGCUGCAUCUACUCAUAGAGUCAUCAGAGAAAAUAUUGCCAUAAGCAAUGAAUUAGAUAAUAUCUUAAAUACCCAACAAAAAAUAUCAGAACAAAAUGAAAUGUACAAAGAAAAUAUUAGAGCUGCAUUCAUUGCAAAAGAAGUAGCCGAAGAAGAACGAGAUACAGCUAUUAACAAAAGUGUUAUUCAACUCAAAGUGAUUGAUCAAUUUACAACCGCAUUUGAGAAAAUUAAAAAGGGAAAAGCUCUAUGUGAUAAGAAAAUUCGCGAUUUUGAAGCUUUGCAAGCAAAAGUAGAAAAACUAACCAAAGAAAAUGAUAAUCUAACAUUACAAGUGCGUAUUUUAGAACAAAAUUUACAUGCUAAAUUGUGUGGUCACAAUAAAGACAUAGUUGAUGCGUGUAAAAUAAGUAAAGAGCGAGAUAAACUACGAAAAAUAUUACAAAAUGCUGCUUUUGCUAUUCAAGCUGCUUUGAAACUGGAUCAGUGGGCUCACUCUAACCCUGAGCGACAAGCAAUGGAUAGGCAAUUACUUCUCACUAACUUACUUCAAAUCGUGACGCAAUUCCGUGAAACACAAAGAGCAGAAUCAUUAGCCACUAUAGCUUCCUUUAGCAAUAUUUACAAUAAAGGAGAUCUUGGGUUACUCCCUAAGCCUGAGCCGAAACAGAAAACAUCCUGGCAAUCUGGUUACGAGUAUUCUCACAUAUCUCAAGCUCAAAAACUGCAAUCGGGAAGAGAAUCAGAGCAAAGUGAAACUGCUCCCUCUUUAUUAAGUUCUUCGCCUAGCGGUAGUCUUAAAACAAUUCCAAGUAUGCAUGCUUUAUCUAUUAAAUCAGAUAAUAAAAUAGUAAUAUCGGAGGCCAAGCCAAGUCUGUCAUCAUUUGUAUCGUCAACACAAUCAACGGCUUCAGACGAUGAGGAAUCUGAGUUAAGUAAAGAUAAUAAGACUGAUCUUGAAAAGCAACUGUUAGCCAGCAAAAUAGAGAUCCAAAAAUCCAUAUUAAAGGAUCUGGCACUCUCUCAAUUGUCAUUUAAAAGAUCAUCACUGUCUAUAAUUCAAAAUCCGACGGAGGCAACUGAAUCAACUAUAUCAAUUCAUAAAAAGUUAACAACUCGAACAGAAAGUGGUCAUCACUUUAAAGACUUACAAUCAUCUGAACAUGAUCUUUCUGUUUUGGGGAAACCAGAGCAGGAAAAAAUACUUGAAACGACAGAAAAUAAAGUAUUAGAAGAAAGUACUGAUAAAAAAACCGAAAAGCCACCUGAAUUAAUAACAGAUGAGACUAAAAUAGAUAGACCUCCGGAGCAGUCAAAUAUUAUGUAG